UUACAAAGAGGCUAAUAAAUUGGAAUGAUGCUAUUUUCAUCUACAAUAUACUAUAUACUACUUCUAUAUAAAUUCGUUCAUGGCCUUGUGCAAACAGGAGAGUCAAUGCAAGUGAACGUGCAGACACUGAUAAUAUUAUUGAUGAACUACGUUAUGGUGCUGGCUCUGAUCGUGGCGAGUGGUCAGCGCGUGCGCAACCAGGCAGAAAAACUGGACGCCACUUUGGCUUUAAUCACAACUACAAUAGCAAGUUCAACAGAUGGCGCUGCCAGGAGCUGCCUGCGUUCUGCGCGCGCGCUGAUGCGGCGGCUGCGUGCGGCGCCGCUGCGCGUGCGGCUGGUGGCGCGGCCGGUGCAGGCGUCGCUGCUGGCCACCGUGCUGGUCGUCACCACCGACUACACCAUCAUACUGCUGCAGUUCAACCAUGUUGUAUAG